CUGGGGCUGUUUCACAGCUGAUACUGACUGCUGUUCUUGCCGCAGUGAAUGGCGCUAGUGUGUCUGCAGUGUGAGAGGCUGCAUUCACACAGCCGCUUCCUGUGGGCGAAGAAUGCGCAGCUGGUAGCGAAUGAAUGCUUGUGGGAGGCGCAGGCUGGGGUUGGGGCUGUGCGGGGCCAGGCGGUGCUGACACCGCAGCUGGACCGAGAUUCGGACCCACUCGGUGUCUCUCGGGGCCGUGUCCGGAGACGGGAAAGGCCGUGGCCAUGUCUCGCACAGUCUGGGGCGAGGAGUAAGCGGCAGGAAUGGACGAAACCAUCCGGAUCAUGGAGGACCUCAACCUGCUCUACAUCCGCCAGAUGGCCGAGAGUCUGCAGGACUCUGAUUUCCAGAAGAAGAUUGACUAUGAAAUCCGAAUGCGGGAUGGGGCCUGCAAGCUUCUUGCAGCAUGUACGCAGAAGGACCAAACACUGGAAGCAGCCAAGAGCCUGAUGGUCUGCAACGCACGCAUCACAUCCUACAUGUCCCAGGUGCAGAGGAUGAAGGAAGCUGAGGUGAUGCAGCGGCGCGUAAGGCGGUAAGCAGCAAUACCAGAGGUUUUACAGUGAGGGGGAGAUGGGCAAAGGUGAGGUGCACUUGAGGAUGAUGGAAACGAUUAUGCAUGAUGGGAGAACAUGGUGCUGUUACUGACCAAUAUGAACCUACACCAUUAAUUUUACGCAGCUCAUAAUCCUUCAUUUUCCUACCUUUGUAUGCCCGUCUAAGAGUUUCUUAAAUGUCCCUGUGGUAUCAGCCUCUGCCACCAUUCCUGCCAGUGAGUUCCAGGCAUCCACUUCACCUACCAGUGACAUCUCCCCUAAACUUCCCCCACUCACCUUAAACUGAUGUCAUUGGACCAUAAGACAUAGGAGCA